GAGAAAAAAAAGAAAAAAAACCCGAGAGAUGCUGCCGUCGCUUUGAAAACAAACCGCUGCAGACACUUAAAAAGAGGGAAAGAACCAGGCGUGGCCAGAUGCAGGCAUCUGGUGAAAGAAUGAAUGCUGAUGACUGCAAUGGUUGCUCUCAUGCAUCAGGCAAUGGUCAAGAGUUAUCGACAGAGCAGGACUUUUACAGCCCUAAUAGUCAACAGUCCUUGACCCGUUGCUCCUUUACGGCAAACUCCAUCAAGGCGGAGCUGUGCAGUGGAGAUAAAUCACCGCAGCCAAACAACAGAGGGGCUUUCGGAGAUAGAGGAAUUGGGGAUGACAGAGUAGAGCUAAUGGAAGAAGGGAGUGCAGACCAUGCUGGGCUCGAACAAAAGAAUCUUUACGGUGAGUUGGCCCCUUCGAAAACUGCUUCGCCUGGACCCAUCCGACUUCCGAGUGGAAAGCUCCAAUGUGAUGUGUGUGGGAUCAUCUGCAUUGGACCUAAUGUGCUGAUGGUGCACAAGCGAAGCCAUACAGGUGAGAGGCCUUUUCAGUGUAACCAAUGUGGAGCUUCCUUCACGCAAAAGGGCAACUUGUUACGCCACAUCAAGUUGCAUUCUGGAGAGAAACCUUUCAAAUGCCCCAUUUGCAACUAUGCUUGCCGGAGGAGGGACGCCCUAGCUGGACACCUACGGACACAUGCAGAUCCUUCACCACUGGGGGGAAAGCCUUUCAAGUGCAUCUACUGUAGUCGUAGCUACAAACAACAGAGCACAUUGGAGGAUCAUUUUGACCAAUGCCACAGUUUUCCCAAGAGCCAGGACCAGGAGGCAGCAGUCAACACAAAGACGGUACAACAGGAUGAUCAGUCUCUAAAAAUGGAGACAAUGGCUAAACCGACACUGGACAUGCCAAAUGAGAAACCGCGUUUUGCGGAUAGAUUAGCUGGUAGCAUUACCAAGCGCAAGAGGUCAACGCCACAGAGGUUUCUGGACAAGCACACCCAUCUUGACCUGCUUGAAGUCCCUUGUGAUUUGUCGUCUGGUUCCGAGAGGGAAGGCGAGCAUCUGAACCCCCAGCCAGUUGGUGACUCCACUGGUUCGAGUGGAAAAAAACUAAAAGACUCCAGCAGCAAACGUGGAAGCAGUGUCCUCCAUCCUGCCUUCUUGUCUGAGCUGAACACCAUUAUGGACUCCACUAACAGUAAUGUACCUCCUCAAGGAGCCCCGGGUGGACUCUCAAUGGUUUCUCUUGGCCUAUCUGGUCAAGAAGCAGGUGAAGGAUGUGAAGCUCACCCUUCAGUUCAUAGCCACACAACCUCACCCAACGGAUGUCCCGACUCUACAGACACCGAGAGCACAGCAGAAGACCUCAGCACAAGGGCUGCAGUCCACACACGUACCUCCAACAACAACCAGCAUCUCCACUACCAAACCCUAGCGCAGCCCCACAGCCUUUCCACCACUCGUCUCAGCCAGGCCAAAGAGACGGACCCAGAAUGGGACAGGGUGUGUCCUUCACCCCCCACACCAGUGAAGAGGAUCGCUGGUUCACCGCUCCCCUCCAGGGAGAAAGUGCAGGUGUUGGACAGGGACGGCCAGCCCGUGCGCUAUUUUCACUGCCGCCACUGCCGCAUCCUCUUCCUGGAUCACGUCAUGUUCACCAUUCACAUGGGCUGUCAUGGCUUUCACCAGCCCUUUGAGUGCAACAUCUGUGGCUACCGCAGCCGGGACCGCUACGAGUUUUCCUCGCACAUGAGUCGGGGAGAGCACCUGCUGUCCUAAGGAGAGCGGGUAGGGGUGGGAGGGGUUGCUGGAACCGUUGUGGGCUCAUGUUUGCUCUGCACCAGAUCAUGCUUUAAAAUUAAGAAUUUGAAAUUGUAUUGUUAUCUAUUCAACUGAAGUAGAAGUGGGUGAAGAAUCUUCCGAGAGCAGCGUUUAAAGGUUUAUGGUGGCAAAUUACGUAAUAUGAUUGAUUGCACUCUCUUAUUGAAUCAUCUGGCAAAAUGUGAUUUUGCUUCAAAAGUGCCUUCUUGGGGGACUUCCUCCAAACUAAAAAAAUGAAGGGAAACAGGUGCUGAAAAAUCUUGACUAGCCAUCUUCUGAGUUGCUCUAUGAAAUGGCCUGUUGUGCACAGGCAGAACAGAAAGCACCGUGUUUACAUUGGAAGAAUUGUGUUCGCCGUGCCUAGUACGCACUAAGGGUCAUAUUCUCCUGUGUGCUUUUCUGGCUGCGCGCACUCUCCCAUCAACUCAAAUCUGUCAUUUACGCAGCCUUGUGCCAGGUACACACUGUGGGCGGUGCAAUCCAAAAUGUGGGCGUUCUCUCAUUUCAAUCUGCAUGCAGCAUGACGCACUUUCCCGUGGACUUAAGCACUUUUCCUCUUCUGCACUCUAGAGGCUGUAGUAAGUCUAGCGCCCUGUGAUGGUGAAACAUCAUCUUGCACAUUUUGAUUCCGUUAGCUGCUGUCAACGGCCUGGUGACGGCUGAAUUCUGCUGACGAUUAGGACACACCUGGCUCACCGACUGUCCAACAGCUAUAAUGUGUACCUACACCGAUGUCCGAACGUCAACACAUUAUAUCAUAUUAAUAAGCAAAAAAUACUGGCAACCAGUUCAGGGUGUACCCCGCCUCUCGCCCGAAGAUGGCUGGGAUAGGCUCCAGCACGCCCCCCGACCCUUGUGAGGAUAAAGCGCUACGGACGAUGGAUGGAUGGAUAAUACAAAAUAAAAAAACACACGGUCCUUCAAAGUGUAGCAUGUUAGACGAGGAGUUCCCACGUCUCACUGGCGACGACACGUCCACUACGGAAGUUAAUUUCAGAUUUACAUUUUCCAAAUAGAUUUCUAUGGCAGUCACACGUCUCAGGAAAACCCCAUGCUCCAUCCUUUCCAGCCAGGCUGAGACUUUACAGGAUCAACAAUAGUGUUGGGUCGUAACUAAUUACAUGUAAUUUAAUUACAAAAUGUAUGUCAUUAAAAUCCAUUAAUUACUGGGAGAAAAUGUGUAAUUAAAUUACAGUUGCUUUUUGAAAUUUCCACGAUUACAAUUUUCGUUAACAUUUGCAAAAUAGCUGCAAAAGCUCAGAUUUUUUUCCCGUGUCACUUCCUCCUUCGAAAGCUGACGCUUGUGAUUGGCUCUAUUUGGUCAUGUGCCAAAUGUAGUCUCAAACAUGCCAUAUUUUUCUAAAUAUGACCUCGAAGUUCCAUCUUCUGGUGCAAUUGAUGAGUUUGUCUCUCGCCUCUCGCCCGAAGAUAGCGGGGAUAGGCUCCAGCAGGCCCGCGACCCUCGUGUGGAUGAGCGGUGCAGAAAAUGGAUGGAUGGAUGGAUGGAUUUGAUCAUGUUUUGUAAUCAGUUUAUUAUUUGUGCCAACAACAAAUAUGUGGUUAAUUUAAUCCACUUUGUUUAGGAAAGACCUAAGGACCCUGUGGAUGCAUCCAUCCAUCCAUCCAUCCAUCCAUUUUCUGAGCCGCUUCUCCUCACGCGGGUCGCGGGCGUGCUGGAGCCUAUCCCAGCUGUCACCGGGCAGGAGGCGGGGUACACCCUGAACUGGUUUGCCAGCCAAUCGCAGCCCUGUGGAUGCAGUCAUUCAAAAUUAAGUACUCAAAAUGUAAUCAAAUGUAAUUAGUUAUAUUAAUUGACAUAUUUUCAACAGGGUAACUUGUGAUUGUAACUAACUACAUUUCCAAAGUAAUUUUCUCAACACUGGUCACGCCUCUAGGCGCUUGCUAAUUUCCCGGUUACGCACGGUGGCAGGGUUAUAAGUCUUGACGGGAGAAUGCACGCACCUGGAGGGGGCGCAUUCAAAAAAAAACAAAAAAAAACAAAAAGAUUUUGCACAAAUGGGAGAAUAUGGCCCGAAGAGCUUAGUUUCGUGGUGUAGGAAAGCGUUUAGUGAAGUGUGUCAGGUAAGCUUUAUAUGCACUGAGAGUGUUGUGCCUCUGGGAUUGGGGGGAACAUUUGUCAGAGGAUAAAAGCUAAAGAGGACUGCCUUAAAUACAACUUGUUUACAGUGUGUGAAGUCAGAAACUGGCUCCGGAGCCAGUUGCAUUGCGGGAAUUCCGUGAAAAGAAGCUAAAGUGCGAACGUACAGUAGAUUGCGUAGGAUUUUGGAUCUUAAAGUGGACCUUGGAAUACUGGUGCAGAUCAGACCAUGAGCCAUGAGGUUUAAAAGGAAAACCCUGACCAAGAUAGCCCGGGGGCGCUUCUACAGCACCCGUAGAGUCCCCCGCUUGUAUAUGACAAGUCUUUUCCAAAGCACUUGAUGGCUUUACAUUGUUGUGCUCGUUCUCCUGCACUGAAAUAACUGCCGAAUCCUCACAAUGACGGUCAUGUCAUUUGUAACAGACGGCCUUUCUCAGAUUCCCACCAUGUUGCACUAGUUAUCACACUCAAGUUUGCUGCAGUGUGUGACUGAGAAUUGAAUAUAAUUUCAACUAAAACUCUUAUGUUAAGGCACCUGAAGCUGAGUGUAUGGAGAUCUUUAAUUGGCAUCAUGGUAAUUGUUUAGCAGUUAAAGUUGGGUUAUGUUGAGUUUCACUCGCGGCCGUCCAUUUAGUGUUGCUUCUUUCAGCCUCGGUGUAUUUAAUCAGCUAUAUUCCAAAUCUUAUCCAGCAUAUUCCUCAAGCGGACGAGAUAUGUUACCUCCUGCUUCUUUCUAGCACCCAAAUACCUUAUUGCUACAGUACAGUGACUUUUCUGUUCAUGUUGAUUUUGGGAACACGAAUGAGACCAAACUCAGUAUUCUUGACUUGUUAUUGUGGGUUUGCUGCUUUAAUAGUUGAAAUUCAUUUUUUUAUUUCAGAAUGUACUUGAGAUGGUUUGACGAAAAAAAGAAAAAAAAAAAGCUAAAACUGCACUUGGUUUGUGAAACAGAGAAAAAAAAGUGUGUGAAUGGAACACAGCAUAUGUAACCGGUUGUCACCCAGCUUUCACCUGAAUUGUGAACUAUUUUUACAAAUGUGAAGUUAAGUGAAAAACGAGGCAUUUGUGUCUCCCUGUGUGGACUUUGUUGUUGUUUUAUGAUAGUUUGUUUGUGUUGUUACAUGACGAAAACACUUUACCUCAAAGUUCAACAUGUUCAACUGCCUCAUCACUUCAAAAGCUCCUGCUGCUUUCCAAGAUGUUUCUGCAGUUACAAAUGUGUUGCCCUUGCU